AUGAACCAGAUAGAUCUGGUUUCUAUUAACAAGAUAGCCGAGAAGCGGCCCGUGAUUCUUUUUAAUAACGCUGGAAUUGGCCGAUCUACCGGCCAAGAACUCAUCGUGCAACUCGGAUUCAAGCAAGUCGAAAUUGUGGCCUUUUCGAUGGGUGGAUGCCCAGCUCAGAUGUUGGCUUUGAACUACCCAACUUUGAUGCGCCGUCUAAUUCUCAUUAGGUCUCUACCCACAAAUCAGAACAUGUACGAGGGUAUCGGACCGGGAGUCGUGCUACCACCGCCCGAACCCUUUCAGGGUAUCCGCAUGGCACAUGAUCGUGAAUCUCAGGAAGCUACGUUGCUAGAAUUUUGUUGUCACUCUUCGGAGACCAGUCAGGCAGCGGUGAGAGCGACGUUCCGGAGAAUGCUCGAGGCAAGGGAUGAUUGGUCUGAUCUCAUUGAUACCGAUGACACUCGACGUCAAAUUCAGGCGUUUGCCAAGUUUAUGAGUCCGCAAUGUUCAUCGGAAGGCUUAUACGAACGAUUCCACGAGCUGAGAGCCCCGGUCUUGAUAAUUCGGGUGUUUACGAGUUUCCAGAUGCUGGCUGGCCAUGCUCCACACUGGCAAUAUCCCGAGGAGUUUGCCGAGCUUGUCGACUGCUUUUUCUGUGCUGAGGAUACACUGAAGGUCCCAGAGAUGCCCGUAAAUUGGGUGCGAUGGAUUAAUGGAACAGACUUGGUCAGUUUAUCUUCACUAGUUGUCGAUCCCGCAAGCUGUACUUCAAUGCCUGUCACUGUCCAUCGCAUCACUGUUCAAGCCUUGCUUUGUGUUGACAACUCGGUACCCAAGGACACGAAGCAACCAUCGAGGACUCAAGUUGAUAGACACAGUUCAAAGAUCCGAAAGACGGACAAGGUGUUGAAAGUGAUAUCACCGUUGGAUUGA